AUGGCCACCACACUAUCCCUCAAGGAGCUGUCCAAAGCCAUCAAGGAGUUUAUCGUCGAGCCAACCGUGCCUCUGCCCGAGGAGAUCGUCGCGACGAUUGCUGCCUACCAGCGGAGGCACGAGAAAUACGACGACGCCGCAUCCGAUCGCCUGCAGGAGGAACUGCUCCUCAUCUUCGAUAAGAAUGUUCGGGGAAACCCUGCUGCGUCCUGCGCCUGGAUGGGCAUCCUGCGCCGGCUCCUGAGAGUGCUGCAGACUCCCGAGCGAAUACUUGUGUGGAUGGAAGCUUGCAAGGGGAUUCUCGACAAGACAGAUUUCAACAAGCACAUCGUCGAAGAGGCUAUGGACACUCUAAACGAGAUUGUUGCCAUUGCCGACGAGUACCACGAUGGCGCCGGCAACGAUUUUGCCUCAAAUCCUCUGAUUGAGAGGCUUUUCGAAGUAUGGAUGGAAGACUUUCAGCCAGCUCACUUUGAAGGCUUCCUGCCGUCGCAGCAUACUCAAAAGAUGAUAGGCGAUGCGCUAGGGCAGUUUGGGAAGAAACGACCAAAGUAUAGAAAAAUUAGCUUGAAUUUCUUUUGCAAUUAUCUUCAGUCACAGCCACCUCACUUAUACCAGGUGGCCCAUACUCCCUUGUUCACGGAUCUCUUGACUUGCUUGCAGCAAGACACUUCGACUGCGGUCCUUUCGGCUGCACUCACCGCCCUUGCCAUGCUGUUGCCGCACAUGCCCAGCUCUCUCGUGCCGCAUUUGCCUACUCUCUUCAACAUCUAUACCAGAAUGCUCUUCUGGGAAGCUUCAGAGUCGCCUUCACAUGAGUCUGAACAAACAAAUCGGUGGGAGGUGUUUGCACACGAUCCGGAGACGGAAGAUGCCCACGUAUCACAUUUGGACAACUAUUACACAAUCUUAUAUGGCCUGUAUCCCAUAAACUUUAUGGAUUACAUUCGCAAACCGCAGAGGUACAUAAGGCACGCCAACCUGCCUAAUGCCGACGAGAUUGAAGUGCAGCCCACUGAGAUUCGUCAUCGAUCGGAGCGGUUUAGGAGAAGCCACUUGCUUCACCCAAAUUUCUUCACCUACACGAUUGAAACCGAAAAGACGGAUUUGGGGCGAUGGAUUAAAAGUGAGGCUGCCGAAGUCGUGACUGAAUGCAUGGCGCUGUGCGUCACACAAACAAGCCAAUUGUUUCCUGACCACGAGCUAUCACAUGUCCCGGAGUCCUCGGCUCAGGUCCCCAACGACGAACUGAGCCCGGAGAGGUCGGAUCCGGGCUUGCUGAGCAGUUCGGUAACCAAGGUGAAUUCGUGGAGGAACUCUCACAUAUCCAGCACAGAGUCUGCUACCAGUGAUGGCGCGCCGUCAACCUUGAUGAGACGUGGAUCCCAAUCCAGCCAACAUUCGGGGAGGGACUCUGUCGAAGCGACGCGCUUCAAGGACUUCGCUGGCGUCGAUAGUCCGUCAGGGACCCAGCUUCUCCAAUCGGCUUCUCAUACCCAGCUUCAAGACCUCAUAAGAUCAAAUAAGGUUAUCAAAAGCAGCCUUAACCAAUCGUUGGCAAAUGAUAGCGUGCCGUCUCUCGCUCUGAGCCACCAGGAGUCUACAGCUGAUACUAGACCGUUUACAACAAUGGCGCUGCCUGCACAGGCCCAUACGCCCGUAUCGGCAGGAGAUGCGAGCAGCGCUCAAAUUGCUCAUCUCCAAGGACGGCUUCUGUUGCUGCAAAACGAUCUUAGCUUCGAGAGGUAUCUCAAGCUGCAACACAUGGCUCACAUUGGCGAGCUCAGACGGCGACAGAUGGCGGAAGCUGCUACGGAGGCAGAGAUGCAGAACCUGAUCAUGAUGAAUAGGAACCUCAAAAGAAGCUACGAAGAAGCCAAGCAGGCCGAGAUGCAAGUCCGUAAGGAGUCGGAAAAUCGCCGUGCCAUAGCAAAGAAGUGGGAAGCAGACCUCGCAAACAAGCUGAAGAACCUCAGGGAAGAAUCAAAAAAGAUGCAGACGGAGUCUGAGUACAUUCGAAAAGAGCUUGAAGAGAAGAGGCGGGAGUGCGAAAAGCUGCGCAAGCUUGUAUGCGACGCUGAGGUGAAGGAGCUGAAUGCGAGACAAAACAUGCAGUCGAUUGAGAUUCAUGGCGCCGAUAUUGACAGGCUCAAGGCAGAAGUUGAGCGACUCUCAUUAUCUGAACGGGACUAUCAGGCAAAGGAGGUGGAGCGGCAAGCCUCUAUCAACGCGGCUGAGGAUGCGCAGAAUCAGAUGGAAAUGUUGAAGAUGAAGCUGAGCGCCAAAGAGGUGGACUUUGAGCGAAUGAAGAAGCUCUUUCAUGGCCAGGUGACUGAGCUUCAGGCGCAGCUCUCGGCAGCUCUGGAGGAGCGAAAUAAGCGGCCUGCUGCGGUAGUGAACGCUGCAGUUGAGGCAACACUUGAAGCAAGCCGUGCCAAGCAAGCUGAGAUGCAGAAGCAGUAUAACUUACUGUCGCGCAAAUACACAGCACUGCAGUCGUCCUUGCUGGACAUGCAGUUGGAGGCAUCGGUUACGACGGGGAAGUCAAGCAUAGCCGAAGGUGAAGAUGACGGCAUGUUGUCGCCUACGGGCCCAAUGUCAAUAAGGUCAAGGCCAGUCCAGCUUUUGUCAGCGACUGAAAACACUGACGGAGCAACGUCGUCGCUCGGCUCGCACCCGGGGACGCCAACAUCCUCUGUGCUGCAGCCGCUGCAGCCCACGAGCUCUGCGGGGACAGGAGAGACAGAUGGUAAGGCCUCAUCACUCAAUCUCUCGGUGAGCCCAGAAAGAAGUUACUUUGGCAGUAUGAUCCGCAGGGAUAGUAAGGAAAAAGCCAAGGAUGAGUCUGGCAAGCCUAAGAAGGAAAAGAAGUCGAUUGGCUUGAGAGGAAUUAGGGGAUUUGUUAAUAGCUAAUUGGGCCAGGGCUGCCUGAGUCCUCGCGUAUAUAUAUAUACUUGCGUUCUUUCCGGGAGAUGGGUUGAGAGGAAGUUUAUGAUUAAUGGUAGAUGGCUUUGAUAGAAGCGAUACGGAGUAUAGGGUCUGAUUUUAUGGAGGAAUGCCCAGGCAAUGGGCCACGAAAAGCAGCGACUCUUCAAGUAGUCUCAAGACAUUACUCUAUGUCGAAUAGCUAUCAAGCGCAUGAAUUGAAUAUGGUGAGACUUUCG